GUACAUGGAAAAUCAAACUCCCUGAAUCUCCUCCUCUGUUCAUAAAUACAAAAGUCGUGUUUGCUUGACCGUAAUUUUUAGGUGUGAAUUUCAGCUGUUUUCCAUAUUCAGAAUCAAAAGACGAUAAAUUAAUCGAGCCAGAGUCAAACACGGCUCUAUGAAAUUGAUCAGUGCAAUAUUCUCGCCAAAACGUUUUCAGGCGAGUAAUUUGAGUAAUGGAAGCAGAGACGGUAAUGAGUAAAGAGGCGGCAGCGGCUAUAGCCGGAACUGAAGCAAAAUCGGCACCAGUGAAGGCAAAAAUGAAUGAAGUGGAAUUGGUGAAAUGCGAGUGCUGCGGAUUGACGGAGGAUUGCACGGCGGCGUAUAUAGGGAGGGUUAAGGAGAGGAACGAAGGGCGAUGGAUUUGUGGACUGUGUGCGGAGGCAGUGAAGGAUGAAAUCAUGAGGUCAUCGGAGAGGCGAAUUGGGAGAGAGGAAGCUCUGAAUCGUCAUAUGAAUUUCUGUAGCAAGUUCAGAGCUCUAACGCCGCCACCAAAUCCGAAGGACGAGUUGAUAUCGGCGGUGAAGCAGCUGAUGUUCAGAAGCUUGGAUUCGCCGAGAUCAAGUCCGGUGAGAAGGCGCCAAGGUCUAGUUCGAUCUCAGAGUUGUUUUUCAAUUGAUAGUUGAAUAGGAGCAACCGCGGUAAUGCGUAUUUCCAAUAAGCAUAUAUUUAAAUUGUUGCAGUUAAAAAGCUCGUAGUCAAACGUUCACAAUUCAAACCACUUGUAAGAGUUCAGAUUUCAGUGAAAAUGAAAGAAUUUUGCAUUA